CUGGAAUACUGUAUUCCUGUUCAGAUACAGUACUGUAUGUGAAUACAUUGUGGACAUGAAUCCCAUGUGAUCAUGUAAAGACAUUUUUUUUUUUUUUUUUUACUUUUGAUGAUUCAUCAUUACUUGCAACUAUUACAACACCUUAUGGGGAUUACUAGCAUACAAAAGUGAAAACUAACACUGUUAAUACCACCAAUAUUUAUAAACAAUUAAAUACUACUGUAUAUUGGCAUCAGUAAAAUAAAUAUAUUGGGUAAUUAGCCUUCAUUAUCUCCAUUGUUUUCCUUAGUAAUAUUUAGUUAUUCUAACUUUGACGUUAAAGAUGUUAUUUGUGUAUUACAGUGAAAGACGAUCUCAUGUGAAAACUGGUGGUGGUCCUCCAGCCAGUCAGGCAGUAGAGGACACUCCGGCAGUUUUGCCACCAAAGAUGUACCAGCCAAUAGACACUGACAUUGGGAACGAUGAACCGCUGCCACUUGCUCAAGCAGAGGUAAUCCUUGGGACAAUUCAAGAUGAUGCUGUGAUCACACAGAAUUGUGAAACAGUCGAGGAUGACAUGGGGGAAAUAUUGAAUAGCAGAGAAGAGACUUCAUCCAACUUAUAUAACUCCAGGCCACAUUCAAGUCUCAGCCCUGAAAAUGGGGUAUCAAGACCUUACUCAGGGUGUAAUAACAGGCAUGAAACUUACAGACACCAGUAUCAGACUCCCAAGAAAGUGGCAGCAAGGAAUGUUGAGAAGUCUUGUGAGCUAGAUGUACAACUGCUACAUCAUAAGAUUAGAAUAGAAAAAUUAUCUCAAAAAUAUUAUGAUUUGAAAAUCAGAUGUGCUAAAUUAGAAGAAGAAAAACUAAAGAAGGAGUUACUUUUACAAGAAGAAAAUCACAGGACGAAGUUACUUUUUCAGGAAGAAAAGCAAAGGAAGGAACUUAUUCCUUUGGAUGAAAAAUUGAAAUGUCUAAAUAAACAUAUAUAAUUUGUUUGCUAUUUUAUUUACUAUUUACUUAUUUCACAUUAGUAAGUUGAAUAAAAAAUAUGGAGUCCUUUAUCAUGUACAAUAUCAUAGAAUAUUCCUCAGUAAAGUACAAACUGUAUUUAUUUAUUUAUUUUUUUCAUUUCCAACAGUUAACAAUUUAUCUUUUUACUGACAUUAUGAAAUUGUUCCAUUAUGUGCUAAUUUUUCAU